GGGUGCUUCUUGUAGGAGGGCCCGAGAAGAUCGGCGGCGUCCCUAGGCCACCGCCCUCCCUCGGAGUCUGCGCCAACCCGUGCGCAGGCUCUGAGAGGACGCCGCCCCGGCUGUGGCCCCUACUGCGCGUGCGCAAAGAAGCCUCCGCUUGGCUUCCCGCACGUGUGCGUAAGGUGGCUGUUCUGGUCCGAGGUCUCCCCAGCUCAUAUCUCCUGACUGAAGGCAAUAGAUAGAAAUCAUGGCACCAUCUUGCUUCCUCACACUGUGUACUGAAGAGAAACAUAGGAUCAAAAAGGAUAAACUUGCCAACAUCAAACCAUAAACAUGAAGCAGAAUCAAAACCAACCCCUAACCCUGCUGACUACCAAUUCUGAGCGCUAAGUUGUAUCUCAGGAAGCUAGGGAAUGAAGGAUGGCAGCACGCCGUGCAUUAAAAGCUGUUUUGGUGGAUCUCAAUGGCACACUUCACAUUGAAGAUGCAGCUGUGCCAGGCGCACAGGAAGCUCUUAAAAGAUUGCGUGGUUCUUCUGUAAUGGUUAGGUUUGUGACCAAUACUACCAAAGAGAGCAAGCAAGAUCUAUUAGAAAGGUUGAAAAAAUUGGAGUUUGAUAUCUCUGAAGAUGAAAUAUUCACUUCCCUGACUGCAGCAAGAAGUUUAGUGGAGCAGAAACAAGUCAGACCCAUGUUGCUGGUUGAUGAUCGAGCCCUACCUGAUUUUAAAGGAAUACAAACAAGUGAUCCUAAUGCUGUGGUCAUAGGCCUGGCACCAGAACAUUUUCAUUAUCAAAUUCUGAAUCAAGCAUUCCGGUUACUUCUAGAUGGGGCACCUUUAAUAGCGAUUCACAAAGCCAGGUAUUACAAGAGGAAAGAUGGCUUAGCCCUGGGGCCAGGGCCCUUUGUGACUGCUCUAGAAUAUGCCACUGACACCAAAGCCAUAGUAGUGGGCAAACCAGAGAAGACAUUCUUUCUGGAAGCAUUGCGAGACACUGGCUAUGCACCAGAGGAGGCCGUCAUGAUAGGAGAUGACUGCAGGGAUGACGUUGGUGGGGCCCAGAAUGCCGGAAUGUUGGGCAUCUUGGUUAAAACUGGGAAAUACCGAACAGCAGAUGAAGAAAAAAUUAAUCCACCUCCCUACCUGACUUGUGAGAGCUUCCCUCAGGCUGUGGACCACAUUCUGCAACAUUUACUCUGAACCAUCAAGUGAAUGUGAAGCACCUGGAAACCCAGCUUCUUGUCUAGAAAGGAUUCCUUAUUUCAGCGUCAGCAUCCAUAGACAUAGACCGCCCAGUGCUGAUCUAGUUUUAACCCUCUUAUAUUUUAUACAUUGAUUUGAAAGAAAGGUAUUGAGUUGCAUACCGCACUAAGCCUUGCUAAUCCCUUUUGUUAUAGAUUGUAAAAUAAGAAGAGACGCAAAGAAAGGGCAAGCUGAGAAUUUGUGCCAUUCCUUUUCAAAUAUUCAUCAGGUUCCAAAGGCAGGGAGGGAGAAGCUCCCGCUGUCACCCCAUGGAAACUGAGGGGGGUUAUUGGUCUGAAUAAGGUUGAAUGUGCUUUUUAGGUCAUAAAAUGCUAUAUUGAGAGAUGUGUUAGGCUCUUGUUUUAAUACUGAGUUCAACUGUGAAACUGAGAAGUGCAAAUGGAGCACCAGACACAGGCAACAAAAUGAAGUGUCCUUCAGCACAAGUGAUCUAGUGAAGUGGCUUUAACAGAUGUUGAAAAUGAGGCUUUCAGUUGUAUUCCCAGCACGGGUGACUUCCUUUCUCUUCAUUAGCCAGAGAUGACUAAUUUAAAUUUAGAAACCGAUUUUAAUUUAAAAUAAUAUUUCCAUUAAUAACCUAUUCAUUGCGGAUACCUAUUAUACUGCGUAACAGUUGUUUUGGAAAUUUUAUGUAAAAUUAAAACUAUCAGUAUUUUA